AAAAAAAAAAAGUACUUUGCAACACACACUGCUUUGUCUCAACUCAACUAUGUUUGUUUUUGCAUCUUUCAUUUCCAGUGAAAUUCCACAAACACUACAAUUCUCAAAACCCAUAAAGAUCAAAACUUUCUCUUCAAUCCAACCACCCCACUAUUUCUCUUCCACUUCCAUAAGAUUUUGCAUCAGGACUCAAGUUCCUUUCUCUACAAAGGUCUUCUUUUGUCAGGCAAAAUCUGGCACAAAUGAGUCAUUAAACAUAAAAGUGUUGCCUCCAACCCUAUUAGCGGCCGAAAAAGAAGAAGCCAAGGCUGUAUUAACCUUGUUUUUGAGGAAACAAGGUUUGAGCAAUGCAAAUGCAGCAAGAACCAUCAAUAAAUCAGAUCCUUUUAUCGACCACCUUCUCUCAAAGCUUCACUCUAAACACAAAACUUGGUACCUUUCAGGUAGAGAGCUUACAACUCUUGAGAUUAGGGAUGCUCUUAUCUCUUAUCUUGAAUCGCUUUUCCAGGAGCAUGGAGACGUUCUAAUCGAUGUAGUGGAAAACUAUCCAAACCCACCAGUUAAGGAUAAAACAGCCGUGCCGAUUACCCCUUCUAAUCCUAGUCCAGUUGUAGACACUAAGAAGCUUAAAACAGUGAGUGGUACAGAUCCUGCAGCGGGCAACCUUCGCCCUCAUAUUGUUUAUCUUAUGGAAUUUGGAAUGGAUAGCGAUCAGAUUAGGCUUAUUAUGCGACGAUUCCCGGCUUUUGCCUACUAUAGUUUAGAGGGUAAAAUUAAGCCAUUGGUUGAGUUUUUUCUUGAACUUGGAGUGCCGAAAGAACAAAUUCCUAUUAUCCUCACUAAAAGACCUCAAUUAUGUGGAAUCAGUCUAUCUGAAAAUCUUAAGCCUACCAUGAAAUUCUUCGAAUCUUUGGGCGUCGACAAAAAACAAUGGGCAAAGGUGAUUUACCGCUUCCCUGCCUUGCUAACUUAUAGUAGGCAGAAGAUUAAUGAAAGUGUAGAUUAUCUCCGUGAAUUAGGCAUCUCAGACGAGAGCAUAGGUAAGAUUUUAACUCGUUGCCCUAAUAUUGUUAGUUACAGUGUAGAGGACAAUCUCCGACCAACAGCAACAUACUUCCGUUCUUUAGGGGUUGAUGUUGGCGCCCUUUUGUUCAGGUGUCCGCAAAAUUUUGGUCUUAGCAUUGAGGCGAAUAUAAAGCCUGUAACAAGAUUUUUCUUGGAAAGGGGAUAUACUUUGAAAGAAAUUGGGACUAUGAUUACGAGAUAUGGAAUGUUGUAUACUUUUAGCUUAACUGAGAAUAUGAUGCCAAAAUGGGAUUACUUUAUGACUAUGGAUUACCCGAAAUCCGAGCUAGUUAAAUUCCCUCAAUUUUUUGGAUACAGUUUAGAACAAAGGAUUAAACCGAGAUAUGCACGCGUCAAAAAAGCCGGGGUGAGAUUACUGUUGAAUCAGGUUCUUUCACUGUCAAACAGCAACUUUGAAGAGGUCUUAAAAAAGAAAAUAAAGAAAUUGCAAAAUGAUUAGGAUUUUGUUUAUAGCAGCAAGGUUGUUCAAUCAGAUAAUGAAAUUUGAGACUUUUAGGUAAUGAUUCAGGUCAGAAGAUGGUCAUGAAGUGAAAAGGCGGGUUAUACUGGAACAUAGCUUCAGGAAACACAGUUCAUGCCCAUGAAGUUACGCAUUUAAGCUCUUUCCGAGUGAUUCAGGAACAUGCUAGCACCUGCAACCAAUUUUUUUUGCAGGUUUUUUGACAUGAGUAACACUGGUCUGCUCCCAUUGCAAGUUGCUGUUGUAUAUGUAAUUGUGGAAUCCAUAAUAAUUGGAGUCUUCUUUGUAAAAUAUGUGAUUAGAGGAUGUAAUUUAUAACAUGACACCAGAGUUUGGUACUUGAUUUAUUGAAAUGAUUAAGCCAUUCUGAUGAGGAAAAA